UCCUCCUUCGAGUCCUUCCUGUUUUAGAAAUUUCAAGGAAGCAGUAGCCACUGGACACUCGCAUGAACUGAUGAUGGUGCGUGAGUCGAACAAAAAGCAUGCUGUAACACAGUGAAUUUUGGAAGGGGAGGACCCAUGCUAUCUCAUCUUUGUGCUGCCACACCAGCCCUGUACAUAUUGUGGAUCACUAUGGCUCAGAUUGUAGGUCAAGAGGAGAAGACUACUGCUCUCAAAGAUUUGCUGUCAAGAAUAGACUUAGAUGAACUGAUGAAGAAAGAUGAACCGCCUUUCACGUUCCCGAAAACACUGCAGGAGUUUGAAUAUGCCUUCAAUGACUAUGGCCAGCUCAGACAUAUAAAAUCAAGAGAGCCCUUUGUAUUCAACGCCAGGGAGGAUCUCCACCGCUGGAAUCAGAAACGAUAUGAAGCUCUUGGGGAGAUCAUCACUCAGUAUGUUUACGAGCUGUUGGAGAAAAAGUGCAACAUGACUAAAGAAAUCCUGCCAGUUGACGCUGCAGACGAUGAACCCACCAGUUUUAUCUACCUGAGCCCAGAUGCCUUGUCCAACCCAUCCAAGCUGCUGGUGCUGAUCCAGGGCAGCGGCGUGGUGCGGGCAGGUCAGUGGGCCCGUAGACUCAUCAUCAACCAGGACCUGGACUCAGGGACACAGAUCCCCUUCAUCAACAGAGCCAUGGAG